GUUCAAAGGUGCCCAAAGCACGCGACGCAGACAGACUACUUCGGCAACGCAAGCGGCAACACCCAGCUCUCGCCCAGAAUACUGUCCGGCUGUUUCCAUAGGGUAUACGAGGAGCACAAACAUGGAGGAAUCAUACUUCGCCCUUAUGGACAGCCUUUCCGGCAAACGGGCGCGAAGUGGAGCGGCAUUGCUGUAAGGGGCGUGUCCGCGCCUUGAGGCGAUGAGCAACUCGUGACAACGGCUUACAGAGUGCCCCAAAGAUGGACGACGAUGACUUUGACGUCGACUUUGACGUCGACGCCGUCGUGCAGCGGCACAUGCAUGAUCCCACGGCCGCUGGUGGUCCUGGCGGCCCCGGGCCGCAACCCCCUCACGGCGCCGCACCUGCCGCGGCUGCCUGGCAGCCCCCGGCGGCCUCAGGAGGCUGGCAGCAGCCGCCGCCAAAGCCCCUGGGCGGCCACAACCAAUGGCAGCCGCAGCAGCCGCCCUUUCAGCCCCACGCCGCCCCGCGUCAGUACCAGCAAGCAGCACCCGGCGUCCCGGGCAGCACCUGGGGCCAGGCCGCUCCGGCGCCAGGUGCCGGCCCUGGCGCCCCCAGCCACGGCAGCUGGGCCCCAGGUCCCACCCAGCCAGCACAGGGUGCCGCCGCGAUCACGACACAGCAGAGGCAGCAACCACCCGCUUGUGGGCAGAACCCGAGUGCCGCGCCGCUAGGGUCGUCGCGGGCAGCCAACAGCGGUGGUGGGCCUGCGCCUGGCGCUGCUGGCGCAGGGCCCGUGGGACCAGCCGCGCCACCUCCGGCAGCGCCGCAGCCGCACACGGUUGCUGGACUGCGUCCGCCCGCUGCCGCGGCCGGUGCCGCAGCGAUGCUGGUCAAGGACAAGCUGCGCAACCUGUGGAGCAAGCCGCGCGCCCAGGUGGGCGGGGCGGCAGCUGCGCAGCCACAGGCCAGCACGCAGGCCAGGGGACCGGGCGUUCAGCCGCCGCCUGCGCGCGUGGUGGGGCACCAACAGCAGCAGCCGCAGCCUGUUGCGCAAGUCGCGAAUGCGGGACAGCCCUGGAAUGGGGGUAGCACUCAGCCCGCCUGGCAGCAGCAACCGCAGACGCAACCUGUGCAGCAAACGGCACCCCAGCAGCAGAGCUCGUGGGCGCAACAGCUGCCACAACAGCCUCCGCAACAGCAACAACACGGGAGGCAGUCGUGGCAACAACAGCCACAGCAACACAGCACGCAGCCUUGGCAGCAGGUCCAGCAACAGGGCCAGGCCGGGCCGCAGGGCUGGUCGGCUUCCGCUGCCGGCUCGGGGCCGUCGGGCUGGCAGCAGGCCCCAGCACAAAGUACGCAGGCGCCCACACAGGCGCCGAAUACCUACGCGCCGGGUCCCGGCGCACAGGCAGGGCAGCCACCACCACUCGGUGCCCCUGCCGCGGCCCCGACACAGCAACAGCGGCAGCCACAGCAGGGCUGGUCGAGCACGCAGCCGCCUCAGCAGCCAGGGCAGCAGGGUCACCAGGCCUGGCAGCCGCAAGACCCGGGCCACCGCGCGCAGCCCAACCCACUGGCCGGGCCCACGCAGCAGCCGGGCCACGGCGGGCAGGCGCAGGCACAGGGGCCCUGCAACGGCCCCAGUGGGCAAGGGCAGGGGCCGGUAUGGCAGGGAAGCAAUAGCAGUGCGUGGCCGCAAGGUCCUGGUGGGGUGCCGCCGUGGGGGCAGCCGCCGCCGGCCCCAACGCAGGUAAACGGUUACGGCACCUACAACGUAAGCAGCCCGCAGCAAGUCCAGCCCCAAUAUGCCCCGCUGGCGCCAAUGCCGCACCCGAACAUCUGGGCCGCGCAACCGCCAACCCACCAGCCUCCUCAGCAGCCUCAGCCUCAGCAGCGACUGCCGCCACCACAGCAGCUACAACAGCAGCAGCAGCAGCAGCCGCCUCCCACCGUCAUUCUCCUGGACGACGACGACGAAGCGGACCCGUCUCUCGACUUGCCGCUGCACGUGCGCAAGCAGCAGCGCCGCAGCAACCCGCCCAAGCCGCCCUCGCAGCCGCAGGUGCAGGCCGCUGAUGCCCGCCCGCAGGCUCCAGCCCAGGCCCCGGCCCCGGAACAGGCGCGGGCGCCUCGGCCUCAGCACGCACCGGCAGCAGCACCUGUCCGGCCGGUCACGGCGGUGGCCAAGGGCCCGGCGGCGCCGCAGCGCCAGGCGCGCCUGGCGCCGUUCGGGACGGGAGCGGCCGGCGCGGACAAGAGCCCCUCCGUGUAUCUCAACAACCGCUUCAGCGGCGAGGCAGCUGUCAGUGGCAGUGGCGCGGCUGCGAUGGCGGGGGCGGCAGGUGAAAGAGCUGGGCAGGGCGCAGCGGGCGCAGCGGCACUGGACGGUGGGCUCGAUGGAAUGAGCUUACUGGAGCGGGCGCAGGUGCUUCAGCCGCUGCGCCGUGCGGCGCCGCCCCUGGCGAGCCCCGCUCAGCGCAAGUUUCCGGCCCUCAGAGUCGAUGACCUGGAAACUGCUCGCGCUCUGGUGGCUGGCGAGUUUGUGGAGCUGCCGCCGCCGGCCGGGAGCCGCGAGGAGGCGGCGGGCCUGGGGGCGGACAGCGGCUGGGUGUGGGCGGGGUCGGGGGCGGGCGGGGGCGCGGCGCCGGACCCGCAGCGGCCGGAGCUGGUGCCCAGCGGUGGCGCCAACCCGGGCAUGCUGCUGCAUUCCGUCCACGCCAGGACGUGGCUGUACCCCACGGACCAGGAGGUGCGGGAGUACCAGUUCCGUAUGGUGCGCGGCGCGCUGUUCGCCAACACGCUGGUGUGCCUGCCCACGGGGCUGGGCAAGACGCUCAUCGCGGCGGUGGUCAUACUCAACUUCUACAGGUGGUUCCCGGACGGCAAGCUGGUGUUCACGGCCCCCACCAAGCCGCUGGUGGAGCAGCAGCACCGGGCGUGCCUGGAGAAGACGCACAUACCCAAGGGCGAGACGACGGUGCUGACGGCCGGGCGCGCCAAACGCGGCGACGAGGCCGGCAGCGCGGCCGCCGAGUCGCGGCGCGAGCUGUGGUCCAGCCGGCGCGUGUUUUUCUGCACGCCGCAGAUCCUGGACAAUGACAUCGCCAACGGCGUGUGCCCGCGAGACAAGCUGGUGCUCAUCGUGGUGGACGAGUGCCACCGCGUGACCGGCAACGCCGCACCCGUGGCGGCGCUUACAGAGCUGCGGCGGACGGGUCUGGCGGUGCGGGUGGUGGGCCUGAGCGCCACGCCCGGCAAGAACGCGGAGGCGGUGCAGGAGGUGGUCCGGCACCUGGGCGUGUCGCGUGUGGAGUUCCGGUCUGACGAAGACCCCGACGUCAGCCCGCACGUGCACAACAAGCAGGUGGAGGUGAUCUCCGUGCCUCCGGACGUGUCGUGGCGGCCGGUGGCGCAGGCCAUCAUCGAGCUGCUGCGCCGAGUGAACAGCAAGCUCAUGGACAAGCAGCUGGUGGAGCGCUACGACGCGGAGAACGUGGGCCGCCUGGGCUACGUGCAGAAGAAGGACCAGUGGCUGGGCUGGCUGGGUGUGAGCAGCAACAACAAGUCCUCGGGCGGCAUGGACGCCCGCAGCGUGGCGCAGGUCACCGGCUGGUUCCACCAGUGCAUGUUCCUGUCCACGCUGCUGGACCUGCUGUCCAGCCGCGGCGGCGCCCGGGUGGCGCUGGACACGCUGGGGCACGAGGUGCGGCUGCGCGCCGCCACCGAGCUCAAGGACCUGGUGGCCUGCCCGGACUUCAAGGCCAUGCGUAAGAAGCUGGAGGAGUGCGGUCGCUUCACACACCCCAAGAUGCGCCGAUUGGUGGAUGUGCUGCUCGAGCACUUUGAACUGGAUGCCGACGGCAACCCCAAGGAAGCCGCCGAAGCCACGGGUGGCGGCGGCGAUGCCGCGGCCCCGGCUGCGGCGCCAGCCGAAGGCGGCGGCGGUGCCGCCGCCGCCGCCGCCGCGGGCGACGGCGUGAAGCGCGUCAUCAUCUUCACCACCCUGCGGGAGACGGUCGGCGACAUAGCGGCGGCGCUGGAGCGUUACGCACCGCACAUCAAGCCGCGCGUGUUCGUGGGGCAGGGCGCCCGUGGCAAUAAGGGCGCGGCUGCUGCUGAAGAUGAUGACUUGGACGUGGUGCCGGCCGGCAAGCGCGGCGGCGGCCGGGGCGGCCGGGGAGGCAGGGGAGGCAGAGGCGGCGGCGGCGGCCGGGCACGUGGCGGCCGAGCAGGCGGCGCGACCGGUGGAGCUGGUGGCGGCGAGGACGGCGGCGGCGGUGGGAACGGUGAAGACGGCGGCGCGGGUGCGGGUGCGGCGUGUAUGGCUAUGAACCAGGAGCAGCAGCGAGCGGUGCUGCAGGCCUUCCGCGCGGGCGAGUUCAAUGUGCUGGUGGCCACGUGCAUCGGCGAGGAGGGACUGGACAUACCCGAAGUGGACCUGAUCGUGUGCUACGACAGCAGUGCCUCGCCAACGCGGCAGGUGCAGCGCAUGGGGCGCACCGGCCGCUUCAGGGAGGGCCGCGUCGUGUACGUGCUCAGCGCCGGAGCUGAAACGGAGCGGUACAAGGAGAGCCAGGAGAAGAUGAAGCAACUGCAGGCGCUGCUGCGCAACGCGCGGCACCACUUCGACCUGUCGCGCACCUCCCCCGCCAUGCUGCCGGACGACUGCCACCCUCGCGCCGUGCUCCUCAACCUGAGAGCCGCCACAGAGGCGGUGACGGCGCAGCGCAAGCAGGCGGCGGCAGCCGCCAAGAAGCCCGCCGCCAAGCGCGCCGCCGCAGCCGCGGCUGUAGGAGGCGGCGGCGCAGGCGCUGGCGGCGCCAACGGGCCAAAGCGGCGUAAGGGCGUCUUUGCCAGCCUGGCAGGCGCCGCUGGUGGAGCUGCGGCCAAGGGUCAGGGGCCGGGCCAAGGGAGCAGCCAGGGUCAGGCAGCGGCUGCGGCUGCGCGCUGGGGCGCCUCAGCUGGCGGAUCAGGAGCAGCAGGGGCAGGCGCGGCGGGCAGUCGGCCAUCGUCGGCAGCAGGGGGCGCCGCCGCGCCGGAGGCGGUCAUCACCAGUGAUGACGACUUGGGGGCCGCGGGAGCAGGCGGCGCCGCUGCUGGCGCUGCCAAGCCUUGGGGAGGGGCCGGGGCCGCAGGCGGCGCGAGCGGCAGCCGCGGCGUGGACGACACGUGGGCUGCAUUCGUUGGCGACCGCGCGGACGGUGACGAGGAAGAGCUGGAUGAGAAACCGCUGGCGCUGCGGCUGCCGGGCUCGCGCCCUAACAGCGGCGGCCGGGCCGGGCCGGCAAAGCGGCCGGCGUCCGCGGACGGCACCAAGCCGCCGCGGCCCGGGGCUGCGGCGGCAGCAACCACGACUGUAACGGCACUGGCUGUUGCAGCAGCAGCAAUCGCGAAGCCCGCUGCCGGGGAGCUCACCGCAGGUGGUGGCUCCGUGCCUGUGCAGGCGUCGCUCGGCGGCUGGCAGGAGGGCGGGAUGGAUGGCGGCGGCAGUGCUGGCGGCGAUCUGCCGCCGUCUCUUGACCUGACGGGGGACGACCCGCCGCCGCUGCCCUCGCCGCCGCUGCUGUCACCCGCCGCAACUGGCAGCGCGGGAGGCGAUGGCUGUGCCGCCGGACCUGACGGAAUUGCAGCUGGUGCCGCCGCCGCUGCUGCAAUGCCGCCGGCGGAGCGGCUGCACAUCCAGCCGCGGCCGCUGUCAGCGCUGCUGCCCUCUGAUGGGCAAGUGCUAGCCGCUGGCAGCACCGCUGAUGCUGGUGCUGGUGCUUGUGGGAAUAAUGCGGUGGGGCUGCAGUUUAGCGACGAGCUGGCGGGGGCCCUCGAGGGGCUGCUGGGGCCUGCCCUGCGCUGCGUCACCGUUACCACAGCGCCGGACGCCGCAGGGAAAGCCGACGGACACAACGUAGCGCCAGAAGAGGAGGCGGACAUGGCGGCACGGGUGUUGCGGCAGCUGCCGGCGCUGGAUAGACUGGCCGCGCUGCUGCGGCCCGUGUCGGAUGAGGAGGCGGCGGCGCUGGCGGCGGCGGCGGGCGACCACCCCAUUGCGCGCCUCGCCGCCGCCUGCGCGCCGUCACAGCCAGUGGCGCCCUGGCCUGGCCUGUACGACUGCUACCUGCUCCCAUCGGAGCUGCAGCCGCCGCCGCAACCGCCACAAACACAACCGCCGUCACCUGUCCUUAAGGAACAGCCCGCAGAGCCGCAACCUGAGGCGAUUGCUGUACGUGCAGCUGACGAGCCUGGGGCGGCAUACCCGCAGCACCAGCACCAGCAGCAGCAGGACGAGCAGGGGUGGGAGGACGCGGACGAGCACAUCAUCAUGACGCUGGACGAGGUGCCGUUGCAGGCGCGCAAGCCGCCGCCCUCGCAGCCACAGCCGCCGUCGCACCAACCGCCGAGCAGGUCGGGGCCGAGGCCGGCCUCCGCAGGAAGCUUCGGCGGGGCGGGCGGCGGCACUGCGGAGCGUCUGGCUGCACCCCAGGGUAAUGCUGGCGCUGCGGCCACCGGCUUCCCGGCUGCCUGGGCCCGGCCCCCGGGCCUAGCCGCACAGGCGGCGGUGGCCGCUGGCGAUGACGCGCUGGACCUGCCGCUGGCGGUGCGCAAGCGGCUGUCUGCGGCGGGCAGCGGCUCAGCCCGGACCUCGCCGGUGCCGGCGCAUGCGCAGCGGCAGGCGGAAGCUGCUGUCUGCCCUGCACAGCCGCCGCCACCGCAGCAUACAGGGCGGCCGCCGCUACCCGGACCCGGCACUGGCGCCGCGCAGCACGCGCCGCGUGUGGUUCCACCCACACAGCCCCAGCAGUGGCCGCCUCCGCCGCCGCCACCGGGUCAGGACCGGCGACAGCAGCUGUACCCGCAUCACCAGGAUCGGCACCCACAGCACCAGCACCAACAGCGCUCCAGCCCAGAGCCCUGGGCAGACCCGUCCUGGCAAGGCGACGGCUGGUUCGGCCCCGCCGCCCCUCCAGCCGCCGGCCCUGCGGCAGCCCCGGCUGCACCGCAGCCUGUAUCUCCGCCUGCGCCGCAAGCCAUGCAGCAGCCGCUUCAGCCACAGCCGCGGCCGCGGCCGCUGGUGCCGCCCACGCAGCCGCUUGACUCCCACACGUGGCCCCCCGCCCAGCUCCACCUGCCGGCCACGGAGCCUCAGGAGCCGGUGGAGCUGCAGGAGCAGCAGCAGCAGCGGGCGCCGAGGUCGGCCACAGAGAUGCAGGAGGGCAUGCAGCCGCCCCAGCAGGCGGAGGGGGAGGAGCAGGGAGGCGGGGGACAGUGGCAGGAGCAACGGCAAGGGCAGCAACUGGCCCACCACCAGAACCAGCAGCAGCAGCAGCAGCAGCAACCACAAGGUCAGGAGGUUGAUGACUUGGACUGGCAGCUGUGGGGCGAGGAGUGCCAGGCGCCGGCCGGUGGGAGCGACCCCGGCGGCGGCAGCGGCGGCGACGGCUCCUGGCAGGCCGGGCCGGGCCCGUGUCAGCCGCCGGAGCCGCGGCACGAGGGCCUCCAGACCUGGAACCAGCAGUGCCUGCAGCCUGUGGGGCGGCGGCAGCACCUAUCGCACACAUAUGCACAGCCGCCGCACCCACAGGGCCAGCAGCAGCAGCAGCAGCAGUGGCAGCAGCCUGUGCAGGGCGCGCACGGUUGCGCAGGCCCAUUGCUACGAAGCCCGCUCCGGCCGGGCGGGGAUGGCGAAGGCGAAGCGGCGGUGAUCCCGGAGACCCCUCUAGCUGAUGACGAGGACGAGGGGCAUGGCGGCGAGGCGCAGGAGCCCCAGCAGCACCCGCAACACCCGGACUGCGCUGUGGGCCCCGCCGGUCACAGCUACAGCGGCGGCGGUGGCGGUGGCGGCGGCGGUGGCGGCGGCGGCGGCUGGGAUGCUGGGCCCUCAGCAGCGGCAGACAGGGAGCAUGUGGGGGGCGGAUUCCUGCCCGAGCACGGGGCCCCCGGCGACAGUGACAGCGAUGGCGCCAGGCCGGCAGGCUUUGGCGGGAGCAGUGGCGGGUCUGGGGAGCAGGGUGGCGCUGCAGGGCCGGCACCAGGCCAUCCCGGAGCCCACAUGCACAAUCACCACCACCAGCACCAACCACACCACCAGCACCACCACCAGCAGCACCAGCACCAGCACCAGCACCAGCAGCACCAGCAGGUGGUGGUGGUGGGCUAUGCGGCGCAGGUGCCGGUGUCCCCCAUCCUCCCGCGGCAGCUGCGCUUCCCGCUGGGCAGCGGCAGCACACCGGCGGGCAAGCCCAGCGAUCGCGAGGGGCGCAGCCACCGUGGCGGCGGCGACGUGAGCGCAGCUGCCGGCAGCUGGGCCCGGCCCGCAGGGCCGCCGGCCGCCUGUCUGACGCCUGCGGAUCAGCAGCUGCAGCAGCAGGUGGAGGUGAUACCGGGCACGGAGCUGCAGGCGGAGGCGGAGCCCCCGGCGGGAGCACCAGAGGAGGAGAACGGGCUUCAUGUGGAUAGUGUGGAUGCACUGGCUCUGACACAGGAGCUGCCCUCGCCCAUUGCACUGCAACCAGCCAGGUCCAAACCCCAGCCACAACAGCCACACCUGCAGCAGCAACCCCACCAGCAACCACACCAACAUCAAGAGCCGGCAGUGCCCGGCGGAGGUCGCCAACGUGGCGGCCUGAACAUGCCCACCUACAACGCUGGGCUUACUACCGCUGCAGCAGCACGUGGCGCAGGCGCCAGCACCGCGUGGACUGCUCCAGGGGCGAGCCAUGCAACCGGCGCGGGCGGCUGCGGCAGCAGCAAACACACUGCGCCGCUGCCGCCCGGCACGCAGCCAGCAGGCAGCCGCGAAGACGACUGGUCGUUCUUCCGCUCGCCGGCAGCGGUCGACCGCCAGGCGGCGCCGCAGCAGCAGCCGCGACUCGACCUGCAGCAGCAACAGCUGCCGGCUGCUCUUGCGGCACUGGCACCCGCGCCAGCGCCAGAGGGCAGGUGCAAAUCCGGCGUGGGGAAUAACAGCGGCGUUGGGCCCGCACUGGGUGAGGCCAACCCAGGCCAAGGGGCUGCGCAGUCGCCUGCAGCUCUUGCUGCUGGCGCCCCUAAUGCUGUUGGCGCACCUGAUGCUGCUCCCGGCGCUGCGGACGCUGAAGCUGACGUGGACGUGGACGUGGAGGUGGACGUGGAGGUGGACGUGCAGGUGGACGCCGCCGACGCGCACGACGCGUGGGCCUUCCCGCACCUGGACGACCUGGACCACCUGCAGGAGUUCACGCAGCGCUGCGAGCUCACGCAACGCCAGGAGCAGCAGGAGCAGCAGCCGCAGCAGGAACAGCAGCAGGAGCAGGAGCAGCAGCAGGAGCAGGAGCAGGAGCAAGAGGAGCAGCAGGAGGAGCGGCGGGAGGAGCGGCGGGAGGAGGAGGCGAAGCAGGGUGGUCAGGAGCGCCGGCUGGAGGGCAUGCACGGCGAGGGGUGCAGCGGGAUAGCAGAAGGGCCGGGGCGAGCAGGAGAGCAGGAAAAGGCUGAGGAGGAUCCGGUUGGCAGCUUGUACCCCACCGCGCAGCCAGGCGCGGCCCGGCGGCGUGAGGCAAUGACCACGCCCCAGCCAGCACCGGCACGGGACGGCGCGGGAGACAAAGGCAAGGCCACAAACAUGGCGGUCACAAGCGCCUCUCCAAAGCCAGCGCCAAUGCGCGGCGAUGCGAAAGCUCCGAAGCCCGCUGCGGGCGGCAAAGCCGGCGGAGCCUCCUGCGGCGUACCUCCCACAGGAGCAGCAGGCGCCGCUGACGCUACGAAGCGGCAAAGCGGGGUGGAUCAUGGUCGCGCGGGUUUUGGUGUCGCCGCUGCGGCCGCCGCCACGCCCUCUGUGGUUUUCGCCACGCCUGGCCUGAGUGAGUUGGCGGACGCGGCCGGGGACGGCUACGUGCCGCCAAGCACUGGCAUUGGCGGCGGCGGCGGCUGCAGCACCGGCGGCAGCGCCCGCGGUGGGGAGGAGACGCCGGCGCCGUCGCAGCCUCCUCGCUUCAGCCUGUUCAGUAACCUGCGAGCACGCGUGCUCAGCGCCCGGGCUGCUGCUGCCGGCGGCGGCUCUGGUGGUGGCAGCGAUGGUGGCAGCGGUGCUAAUGGCGGUGGGACGAACGCAGCACGUACGGGCUCUGCUGGGCCGGAGGCCAGCGUGAACGCGGGAAGCGGCGCUGCGGCCGUCAGCGGCGGUGGGGGCCCAUGCGCCGGCUCUAGUGGCGGUGGCGCAGGUGGUGGCGGUGGUGGAGGAGCAGCUGGCGGCAGUGGCGGCGGCACUGUGGGCGGCAGUGCAUUCCGUGAGCCUACCAACGCCAACAUCACGCCCAUGAUGCGGGCCAAGCUGCAGGCGCGAACCGGCGGAGCAGCAGCAGCAGCAGCACCUGAGGCCACAGGAGGACCGUUUGGGGCGCUCAGGGCAAGAGCAGGAGUGGCUGCGGCAGCUGUGCCUCAGGCUGCAGCAGGGGCUCGUGGGUCACAGCGCUGUGCCUCACCACCGCGCGCCAAGCAGAGGCCCGUGGCCGCUGCCGCUGGCGCCGGCGCCAUCGCCAUCGACCUCACCGACUCGCCGCCCUCCGCGGCGCUGCGCGGCGCCAACGGUGCGGCAACAGCAGCAGCGGCGGCUGCCGGCGCCGCCGCUCGGUCCAAGCGGCCUGCCGGAGCGCUUCGGGAGCCACAAUGCCCCGGCACAGACGAUAGCUUUGGCCCCAUCCAACGCAAGCGGCUCGGCGGCGGUGGCGGCGCCGCCGGCGGCGGCCGGCGGCGGGCGGCAGCAGUGCUGCUGGUGGACGAGGACUCCUCCCAAGACCACCCGGGCAGUGCGGCGCCGCGCGUCCCGGGCGCCCGGCGGCCGACUGCUGCCGCUGCCGCGGCGGCGGCGGCAUGGGCGGCUGGGGGGCUGGCGGAGGAGGAUCUGAGCCCACUGGUGGGCGCAGCCGCGGCCAGGGGUGGUGCGCGGCGGCGCGGCGCCGUCAUCCUGGGUGGCGACUCCUCACAGGAGCCGAGCAGCGCCGGCCGAGCGGGCGGUGCCGUCGGCACAGCGGCGGCCGCAGCAGCAGCAGCAGCGGCGGCGGCCGCCGCUGCGGGCGGCGGUAGUGGCAGCACCAGCCUGUUUAGGCGCUUUGCCUUCACGCCCAGCGGCGAGGGCGGCGGCAGCCAGGCGGCACCUGGGGCUGGUGGAGGCGGCCGGGUGGCGCUGCAGCGGGCGCCCGGCAGCGGCCGCAACACCUCGCCUGUGGUGGCCGCGCGCCGGCGCAGGCCGCGAAGGGCGCUGGUCGGAGAUGGAGAGGGUGGCGGUGGCGCCGUUGGGGCUGGUGGCGGCGGCGCUGGUGGGGAGGAGGAGGAGGAGGACGAUGAUGCGGCGCUACUGGCGGCGAUGCGGGCGACGCAAGCGGGUGCGGCGGGUGGGCGGCUGGGCGGCGCCGACUCGGCGUCACGGCGGCCGCGAAAGCUGCGCCGUUUGCGGACCGGCACGGGAGCGGAGGGCGGCGAAGCCGGCGGUGGCGAGGAGGAGCCUGGUGCGGGUGGGGGUGGGGGUCGGCUGCCCCGCCGGCGCGCGGUGAUGGUGGGCGCCGCUGACCCGGCCGCUGCGGAACGGCUUGCAGCAAACAGGCAACGCGCGCUGGCCGACCACCCAGGGGCCCGCCCUCCCGCCCGUGCCGGCGGCGGUGGUGGCGGCCGCCGGGGUGGCGGCGCCGCUCUGGCGUUCAUUGACGCGGAGGCACAGCUGUCGGGUGAUGAGGUCGGCGAGGGGGAGGAGGGCGAGGGCGAGGACGAGUACGACAGCAGCUUCGUGACCGACGGCGAAGGCGACGGCGGUGACGCCGACUCGGACGCGUCCGGCAGGUCUCCCGGCUCGCUGCUGGCCAUGUACCGGGCGCCGCUGCUGAUGACGCAGGGGCCGCCCAGCGCCGUGCGGCCGGGGGACGUACGCGCGCUCAUGGAGGCGCAGCGCCGCGGCAGGGGGCGCGCAGGCGGCGGCGCGGCGCCCUUGCCCCGUCGCCAAGUGGUGGACACGCCCGGUGCCUCCGCCGACGGCCGCCGAGACUCUGACGUCUACAGCGACCGCGACCACAUUGGUGACGGAGAUGAUAUGGAUGAAUACGAGACCGGCAGCGAGGUGGCGGAGGACGGCGAGGAGGGCGAGGAGGAAGAGGGAGAGGGAGAUGCGGAUGAGGAGGAGGAGGAGGAGGGUGCGUAUGACCCGCUGGCACGGCGGAUGGCGAAAGGCCUGGCACGAGCACACCAAAGGGUGCGCCGCCGCGGCGGCGCCGACCCGUUGGCAGGCGCCGAUGACGACGAGGAGGACGAGGGCGAGGACCUGGAGGGGGCGGAGUUUGAGGGCAGCGAGGAGGGCGAGGAGGAGGACGACGACGUGUGUGGCGUGUGUGGGGAGCCGGGCGAGCUCAUGCUGUGCGAGUCGUGCGACUGCUGCGUGCACGCGCGCUGCGUUGGGCUGCGCUCCAUUCCGGAGGGCGACUGGUUCUGUGAGAUGUGCCGGCCGGCGGGCCGGCAGCGGCGCCAGCAGCUGUAGCUGCAGUGGCAGAAGUAGAUGGAUGUGAAGGGGUGAGGAGCAGAGACGGAGGCGGAUUUCCGGAUGCUCCGAGGAGAUCGCACGCAAGGCGGCAGCGGGCCUGUAGCGCCUCCCCGACUGUUACUUCAGGUAACUUGGGGGAACUCGCAUGUGGGUGCAGUUAUGACGUGGCGCCGAGGCCGCGAUAGAUGACCUGCAGAAGACACUGGCUUUCAUGCAUGAGAAGUUGACGGGACUGUGCAGGUGGUGACACGCUGGGGGCAUGAACGUGGGGGGGAAGCUAACGAACGAGGUGGGCGGCAAUGGGGCAGGUGUGCGUGUACUGUGUGCUUGUGGAGUGAACGGCAGGCGCGAGCAUUGAACUAGUCAGCGUCAGCAGCAGCAACGCCUACAGUAGCGGCGGCAUUAGCAGGGCUGGGGCCGUGGUGGCGGCGCACGUUGUGGUGGUGCCGGAGGUGCUGUAUGGCAGCGAUCGCGAUAGAUGGCGGAGCUGCUGACAGUCGCGAGGCAGCGUGUGCAGGUGCGUGGCGCGGGUGCAGUGCGCAAGUAGGUAGGCGUACAUUACACAGGCUCAAUCCCAAACCGUAACGGUCGAGCUGAAGCCUGAGGGUGCUUUUCGGAACAUCCCAACCACACUAGGUUGGCUGGGAAGGGAACCGGGGUUGUGACACAGCGCGGGCUCAAGAGUCUGGGCUAUGCUCGGCCUGGAUUUGAGGCAGUGUAAUUCGUGUGUCCC